UGCACAUUUAGUAAGCUCGCACGAUAUGAAUUCUAUGUGUGACAGGUUUACUGCCUAGUCCGAUGGCAUUUCAUACAAUAUCGGGAACGUUUGGAGCUUCUUCUUCUCCUUCCGAGUUUAGCGCACCCCCCGUUUUUCAAAACAACGCCAGCGGAGCAUCAACAGAAGAAGUGUUGAGAAACGUGACGUAACGAGCGGAUUAAAGAUUUUUUUUUCUUCUCCUGUUUUGUUGUUGUGUUGACAAGGAAUCAAAGGGAGCAUCGACCUCCAUUGAGCCGCAGCUGAACAUGGACGAUGAGGCGUUCUACCAGAUCGUGUCCGUGUUUCAGCACCUGGUGUCGUGGGUCGCGGCCGGGGCCAUGGUGUUCGGCGGGCUGGUGCCCUACGUGCCCCAGUACCGGGACAUCCGCCGGACCCAGAACGCGGAGGGCUUCUCCACGUACGUGUGUCUGGUCCUCCUGGUGGCCAACAUCCUGCGGAUACUCUUCAGAUUUGGCCGCUACUUCGAGACGCUGCUGCUGUGGCAGAGCAUCAUCAUGAUCGCCACCAUGCUCAUCAUGCUGAACCUGUGCACCAACGUCCGCAUGGCCGCGGAUCUCAACACCAAGAGGCGCUCCUUCGUAGCGACAGACAAUAAGGACGAGGAGGUCAGAAUCCUUAAGCGGCUCUUUCUGGACUUUGACUGGAGCUACUUCUGGCUGUGGAGUCGCUUCUUGGACUACAUGCAGUGCGUGCUGGCCUUCACGCUGAUGGCGGCCUACGUCACCUACCUCUUCCUGGACUCGGCGCUGUUCGUGGAGAGCCUGGGCUUCCUGGCCGUCUUCACCGAGGCGAUGCUGGGCACGCCGCAGCUCUACUGCAACUAUCAGAACAAGUCCACGGAGGGCAUGAGCAUCAAGAUGGUGCUGAUGUGGACGAGCGGCGACACCUUCAAAACCGGCUACUUCCUGCUCACCCAGGCUCCCGUGCAGUUCUGGAUAUGCGGCCUGCUGCAGGUCUUGGUGGACUUCACCAUCCUGUUCCAGGUGUACUACUACAGCCGCUACCCGCAGAAACCCGCGUCGCACACCGUGUCCCACACCAGCAGCGCCAAAGCCCUCUGAACGCCGCCGGGUGACGUCGACGGAGUGGAGCCGCGGACACGUGUAAACAAACGGGAGCGCCAACGCACCUCGAGAUGAUGCAGGCUCGCCCUCACGUAUCGACACACACACACGCACGAAUGAGGCAUGCGUAUACACACUUGAGGCAUGAACUUGGCGUCUGCAGCCGAACCCAAAAGGACGCUCGCUCCAAACAAACUCAAAUCCUCUUUUUUUGCUUUUUAAAUUUUUUUAUUUGACCCCACAGACGUCUCCUCGAGGCCACAGACCACACGCCUGUGAUUUUUUUUUUUUUUUUUGUGGAACGCAGACUUCCGAAAAGAAUAUAUCCUUGAGUCGUCAACCCGUGCAUGCGGAGAAUAUUAUGCACAAAGUAAAUGACUGCAGACGCACACACUGGAAUGUGUGUGUGCUCGAGGACGAGCUCGAGUUGCAACACACACGUAGGACUCGAUCCUAAAAAAAAUCACCUUAACAGACAACAUUACUGAAUGUACAACAUGGUAUUUGUUAUACGUGUGGUCCCCAACGCAGUGGAGGAAUGCUGGUCAGUCCACCGCUGGUUGGACAGAUGGCCGGUCACACGGGCUGAGUGGCGUUACCGGAGAAACCGCAUCGCCGCUCUACUUACAAACACACUUUAACGCACGGUGGGGAAAAAAACCCCAAAGACUGGAAGAUGCAUUUUAUCGGCUUUUUUAAAAAGGGAAAAAAACGAUACAGGUUGGCGGCGACGGAGCGAUGAGGUCAUCGUCUGGAGGGCCGUCGUCUGUGUUUUAAAAAAAAGCCAACGGCGAGAUUUUUUUAUAGCGACGCCGUCGAUGGCGUUUGUAGAUCUUCGUAUUCGCGCCAAAGGAGUCGGUGUGCGUUGAGGGUAAACUGAAGGUCACGGUGCGGACGACGAGGUGCAGGUGCGACAAUAGCGUCCGUCGGAACGGAAGAACGGUUACUAUUGACGACAGAAAUUACAGCCAAAUUAUACUUUUAGUGCUUUCUGUUUUUUUGUUGUUGCAGAUUUUAUAUUUCUGACUAUUGCAUCUUCACUUCCCAUCGCGACUGAAGUGUUUUAUUUAUAUUGAGAAACGCCAAAACACGCCCCUCCCCCCCGCUAUCCACACUCGCCAGAAAUGAAUUUCCCGUUCCGAAGAGAAUGGAUAUAUAUUUGUUUGUAUUAUUAUUGUUAUUGUGGGGGAUGCCAAAAGCAGGAGGUGAACUGUGAACUGUGUCCCAGAGCAGAGCGGACUCCUCAGCCUCACGUCCCAGGUUCUUGUUCCACAUAUUCAUUUCCUUGCUCCUCAAUAUGCAGACGCCUUUGGUUCCUCGGUUGGAGGGUGAGCUCCGUGUUGUGUAAACAGCUGUUUACUCCCCCUGUGUAUUCUGCGCUGAACCUUUACAUGCCAGUGUAAGACGACGCGUGCUUCCCGUUGUUUGGGUACUGCGAGGCGCCUGAUGGGAUCCUGUUGCGCUCGACAGGAUCAACGGGACCUCAGUUUCACUUUAUUUACUCUUAUCAUUCCAUGCGUUUCAACUUUUUUUUACUUUUGUAUCAUUGCGGCCAUUCAUUUUCACAUCGCAGUUAUUCCCACCACAUAAACGGCGAUUUCGUGCAUUCUUUUUAUCCGUGUUCAUGUACCAAAAACAUAUAAUUACAGUAUGUUUUUUUUUUUACCACGUUACAGUGUUGGUAUUGUCGUACGUCUUCAAUAACGACUGAAAUCCAUCGGCGCUUGUUUAUGAAACGCCGAGACGCCCAAUCGUGACAAUAAAGAGGAAGCGGCGAGAGA